CUCUCUCUCUCUCUUCACCUUUACACAUUAUGUCUGCACUGACGCCUCUCAUUUCGCUCCUGUUCAGCUCGGCGUUGGUUUAAUCUCGGAAAUAUGGAUUGACUUUGAUUUUACUCGGUCGCGUGUUGAAGUUUUAAAGUGCAUUUCUCGGGCUGAUCGUGCCUCUGUUCAACCAGCUUCAUGUUUCCUUCGGCAACUUUCGGAAGUAACUCGUUCCGGAUGUGUUCACACUGCUGAACUGAUCCGUGCGCGCGAUCAGAAGGAUUUUAAAUACGGAUUGAGUUCGAGGCUUUUCACACUUCUUUUAUUUGUGUUUAAAGUGAUGGCGGAGCGGGGAGCCCGGCUGCUCCUCUCUCUUUUCUGCCUCACGAUCACAGUUUCACAUGCUGAAAAAGGAUCAGCAGUGAGGAACUUCAGCCCAUUCCGGUUCUCCACGGAGCCGUCAGAUACGCUGGCAGUGCGAGGAGCACCGACGCUGCUCAACUGCUCAGUCCACAACGAGUCUCCUGCCAAGAUCGAAUGGAAGAAAGACGGCUCUUUCCUCAGCCUGGCCUCGGACGAUCGCAGGCAGGUCCUGGCCGAGGGUUCUCUGCUCAUCAGCUCAGUGGUCCACUCUAAACACAAUAAACCCGAUGAGGGGGUUUACCAGUGCGUGGCCACUAUAGACAACCUGGGCACCAUCAUAAGCCGUACAGCUAGACUCAAUGUUGCAGGGAUACCGCGGUACCUCAGUCAGCCGGAAGCCUCGUCGGUGCGGGUGGGUGACAGUCACAUGCUGAACUGCGAGGUGAAUCCAGACCUGGUGUCUUUCAUCCGCUGGGAACAAAACAAAGAGCCGGUUGAGCUGGACCAGAGAGUCUUCACGCUGCCCAGUGGUGCUCUCGUCAUCAGUAAUGCCACAGAGGCAGACGCAGGCCUAUACCGCUGCGUGAUCGACAACGCUGGGCCCACCAAGACCAGUGAAGAAGCAGAAAUACAGAUACUGCCUGAAUCAGGGGAGGAAAGGACCCUGGAGUUUCUCCUGGAGCCCCAGCAUGUGUCUAAAGUCGUUGGGGAGAGCGUGCUGCUCCCCUGUGUGGUGACGGGAUAUCCCACAGCCUACGUCACAUGGAUGCACAAAGACCAGCUCAUUGAGUACAGCAAGGGCCGCUUUGAAGUGCUUGGCGGAGGCAGUCUGCGGAUCUUCAAUCUCACUGAGAAAGACACCGGUGUGUACAGCUGCAUGGCAGACAACACCAAUGGAUCCAUUGAGGCCCAGACUGAGCUCACGCUGAAAGCUUCCCCACAGUUCCUGAAGAAACCAGCUAACAUAUUUGCUCAUGAAGCCACAGACAUCAUCUUCGAGUGUGAGGUCACCGGCUCACCCGCUCUCACCAUCAAAUGGGUGAAGAACGGAGAUGCCGUCAUUCCCAGCGACUAUUUCAAGAUCAUUAAGGAGCAGAACUUGCAGGUGCUGGGGCUGGUCAAGUCAGAUGAAGGUUUCUAUCAGUGUUUAGCUGAGAAUGACGCUGGCAAUGUCCAGGCAGGUGCUCAGCUCAUCAUAUUGGAUCAAGAUGUAGCCAUCCCCUCCCCCCCUCCCACCUCACUGACCCGUGCCACUACUGACCGUCUAAUACCAGGCUCCAGAGGCGGUGCUGGUCCCACGCCCUCCGCCCCCCGUGACGUUGUGGCCUCCCUGGUCUCCACCCGCUUCAUCAAGCUGACCUGGCGCCUUCCUGCUGAACCGCAUGGAGAUGAUGUCACCUACUCGGUCUACUACAGCCUGGAGGGCAAUAACAGGGAGAGGAUAGUGAACACCAGCCGUCCAGGAGAAAUGCAAGUCACCAUUCAGAAUCUCAUGCCAGACACCAAGUACUCCUUCCGCGUGAUGGCCCACAACAGAAAUGGCCCUGGAGAGAGCUCAGCGCCUCUGACGGUCGCCACCCAGCCUGAAGUCCAGGUACCUGGUCCUGCUCCAAACCUACAGGCAGUGGUCACGUCCCCCAGCACAGUGAGUCUCAGCUGGGAUAUGCCCCUCACAGGCGAGAUCCAGAACUACAAAAUUUACUACAUGGAGAAGGGCAUGGACAGUGAGCAGAGCAUCAUGGUCAGAUGGCAGCCUCCGCCAGCAGAUGCUCAGAACGGUGAGAUCACCGGCUAUAAGAUCCGCUACAGGAAGGGUACGAGGAAGAGUGAGGCAGCGGAGAUUACUUCUGGAUCACAGCUCUAUCAGCUCAUAGAUGGUCUGCAGCGAGGCACUGAAUAUAUGUUGCGAGUGUCGGCCAUUACGGUCAACGGCACGGGUCCGGCCACAGACUGGACCACUGCUGAGACGUUUGAGAGCGAUCUGGAUGAGACAACUGUGCCAGACGUCCCCAGCUCCUUGCAUGUGCGGCCACUUGUGAACAGCAUUGUAGUGAGCUGGACGCCCCCAGAGAACCAGGACAUUAUGGUGAGGGGUUACACCAUCGGCUAUGGGAUCGGCAGCCCUCACGCCCAGACCAUUAAAGUGGACUACAAACAGAGAUACUACACCAUUGAGAACUUAAAUCCCAGCUCGCACUACGUUAUCACACUGAAGGCCUUCAACAACGUGGGGGAGGGAAUCCCUGUGUACGAGAGCGCUAUCACACGACCCCAAUCAGACCCCAUAGACCCUGAUGUUGAUUUGUACGAACUUUUCCAUGCUCCAUACACUCCAGUACCAGACCCUUUACCCAUGCUGCCUCCUGUGGGCGUUCAGGCGUCCGUUCUGAGCCACGACACCAUCAAAGUCACCUGGGCGGACAACUCACUGCCCAAGAACCAGAAGAUCACAGAUGCACGUUACUACACAGUGCGCUGGAAGACCAACAUACCCGCAAACACAAAGUUCAAGGUGGCUAAUACCACCACACUGACUCACACAGUGACGGGUCUUAAACCCAACACCUUGUACGAGUUCUCGGUCAUGGUGACCAAGGGCCGGAGAACCAGCACAUGGAGCAUGACUGCACAUGGAACAACUUUUGAAACAAUCCCAAGUUCUGCGCCUAAAGAUGUGACUGUAGUGAGCAAAGAGGGACGACCACGAACCAUCAUCGUCAACUGGCAGCCACCCUCAGAAGCCAAUGGCAAGAUCACAGGUUACAUAAUUUACUACAGCACUGAUGUGAAUGCAGAAGUUCACGAUUGGGUCAUUGAGCCAGUAGUGGGGAACAGGCUAACCCAUCAGAUUCAAGACCUGACCCUUGAUACCACCUACUACUUCAAGAUCCAGGCGCGUAACUCUAAAGGGAUGGGUCCCAUGUCUGAUGCUGUCCAGUUCCGCACUCCUAAAGCUGAAUCCUCUGACAAAAUGGCUAAUGACCAAGCUCCAGGUAUAUUGGUGAAACCAGGAAGACCCUCUGUACAAGAACAAGGUUUUGGAUCAGUUGGGAAAGCAGAUAUGUCUGGCACUGGUGAUAACCACAUCCUGGUUAUUGUCAUAAUUGUGUCUGUGGGUGCAUUUACCAUCAUCCUGGUGGUGGUUGGCGCCUUCCUGUGUACACGCCGUACCACAACACAGCAGAAAAAGAAACGUGCAGCCUGCAAGUCCGCCAAUGGAUCCCACAAGUAUAAGGGCAAUUCCAAAGAUCUGAAGCCACCAGACCUCUGGAUCCACCACGAACGUUUGGAGCUAAAACCUAUCGACAAAUCGCCUGAACCCAAUCCAGUCAUGACCGACACACCAAUCCCCCGAACCUCCCAGGACAUCACCCCGGUGGAUGGCUCCAUGGAUCCUAUGCUCCAGAGACGUAACUCUUACCGUGGCCAUGAAUCAGAGGACAGCAUGUCUACACUGGCAGGCCGUCGGGGAAUGAGACCUAAAAUGAUGAUGCCCUUUGAUGCACAACCCCCUCAGCCUGUGAUUAGUGCUCACCCCAUCCAUUCCCUCGAUAACCAUCACCAUCAUUAUCACUUGGGCAGCCUGGCCUCGCCAACAUGCAGCUAUCUCCACCACCAGAGCAGCACGCGGUCCAUCGCCACCCCCAUCUCUCAUCUAGACAGGGCAGAGUCCACAGAGUCAGUAAGGAACACCCCUAGUGCUGACAUGCACCCUCCGUCUGGGCAGCCCUCCUGCACCACUGACCUUUCAGAGACGGACAUUAGCUACCACAGCUCAGCCGCUGAGGAGGAGCCAGCAUUCAGUACACCCACAGCACAUGUUCGUCCCACGCACCCACUAAAGAGUUUUGCAGUGCCUGCCAUCCCAGCUCACCCCAUGUAUGACUCAGCAGCAUUACCCAGCACUCCACUGCUGUCUCAGACAGGGCCUCACUCAGUUAAAACAGCCUCUAUCGGUACGUUGGGAAGGACGAGAACUCCUAUGCCUGUCAUAGUUCCAAGUGCACCGGAUGUCUCGGAAAGUAGCAGACUGCAUGAAGAUGCAGGGAGCAAUUAUGAGACGGACGAGUUGACGGAGGAAAUGGCCCAUCUGGAGGGCUUAAUGAAGGACCUAAACGCCAUCACGACAGCCUGAGCACAAUCCUCACAAUAACACUAGACCUCACCCGUCACGGGGAGGACGUCCUGUACAGCAUGGAGGAGUUCUCAAUCAUUCGCUAAAUGGAGAGAGAAGAGUGUGAGAUAGGAAAAAAAAUACUAAUGUUUGGCAUACCUUGCUUUCUCUCAGGAAGGAGAAACCCAUCAAAUGAGGACAAUGGACAUUCUGAGAAAGGACAUAUCCUCUCAGCAUCCUAAAACGUUUCCUUAUGUUUCAGCGGAGACCGUUUGAAAAGACACCGUUUUAUUAUCCUACGAAAAAAGGAAAACGACAUUACGCUGGUGUACGUGUUGGUGCUUGUAAGGCACAAUUUAGUGUUUCAUUUGUGUCUUUUCUUUGUAUGUUUUUGUAUCUAUAUAUAUUGCCCCCGUUUCAGUGAGCUGAACGUUGGACAUCAAUUUUUAUUUCUGCAACUCAUUUUGUAUUAAGCAUUUUGAUUGUCUUUUUCUCUUUUGUAUGUCAUAUAAUGUGCCAUGUCUUAUUUUCUUAAACAUGUUUUGUAUUGUUUUAUAUGCAUAUACACUUAUCUGUUUGUAUAUACGUUUAAAAUGGACUCAUUUCAUCACCACAGCAAUGUUUCCAUUUAGUCCGAGACAUGCUGCUUUUUCAUUUGCCAUUAGAAUGGAUUUUUGCAGUCUGCAACGUCACGUCCCCCUUCUACAUUAAGCCUGUUUUAAAUGGGAGUUCCCGUCAGAUAUGCCUUAUUGAAUUAGUGUGGAAUGGCAGAAAUCAGUACAACUGGGAAAUAUUUUCAAAAUGUUUAUCACACGACACUGUGAUAUUUAUUCUGGAAUGCUGAACUGUUACUGGUCACUCAGUCCGGUGGUACGAGAACGUAGACCUCCAUCACGCAUGCUGUCAAGACUUGGUGCUGAAACUCAAAACUUCAGGUUGCACACAUGUAACUGCUAACUGAACAAAUUUGGUACAUUGGAAAGUGCUUUAUAUGGUUUAUUUCCUCUUGCUGCAUUGGUCUAAAUUCUUGUAUCAGAGCUUACACAAACUCAAAGAAUGAAUGACAACAUUCACUGUGAGAUUUUACGGACCACAUGCUUGGCACUUAAUGCAACACACUUUUCUACAGAACCCCCAGUGUUCAUCUUUUAUUUUCCAUUAUAUUUCUUGUAUUUGUUUCAUAUGAAGUACUUGUAUAGAAUUUCAAUGUGCGAGGCAAAAAACCCAACUAUUCCUCCCCUGCUGGAUAUGGUUUUGAUCUGUACUUUUACCCAAAGAAAAUAUGUAACAGCAAUCAGAAUUUUGUUUUAUGAAUUUAAUGUCUCAAACAUUUUCUUGAAUGUCAUUCUGACUGUAAGAAAUUCUGGGUAACUAUAGGAACAUGUUAAAAAGCUUGGUAGAACAAAAACAAUGACCUAUUUGGGAUAACCUAUCAAGUUGUAGACAGUCGAACCUUUAUUGCACUUUUUCAACAAUUUCAAGAAAAGAAAAAAAAAACAUUUUUACAUAUCCUGUGUUUUGAAUAUAAAGCUCUAUUUGUGUAAUGUAGUGUCAUAGUUUAGCAUAGGCAGCUGGUCUUAUUUGUUCUUUUGCCUCCGAAAUAAUAUUUGAGCGGCA